AUGAGGGCGACAAAUUUGACGAUUAAAAUCGUAAGCAGCUCGUCCGAGAGUCUCCAAGUACAGGUGGACUUACCUUCUGCUACUGUCUUGUCUCUUAAGCAAGUAAUUGCACAGCAAGAUAUUCAUCGGUUUCCAGUCUCUUCGCAACGUUUGAUUUUUCAAGGUCAAAUUCUCCAAGACAUGAAAUUGUUGACGGAAUAUCACGUGAGUCGAGAUUGUGCCUUGCAUUUAACGCUCCUACCCGUUAAAAAUGCACCAGUUUCGAAUCAAACGUCUUGUACGCAAUUGCAAACAAUUUUAGAGCAAAUGAGGGACCACGAGUCUCUUGAAAUGUAUACAACUGCCGUACAGACGUUGCAGAAAAUCUGUUGCAAUAUUGUGGACCAUCCGACGGAAGACAAGUACCGGAAGCUUCGAAUUGAGAAUGUGAUGUUGAAAAAUAAACUUUUUGAUCGAAGUGGCGGGUAUGAAAGUGUCAAGUUGUUGGGGUUUCAAGAAGGAGUCGAGACGGGUCAUGUUGUCUUGGUACCGACACCAGACAAGUGGGAAAAUUUGGUGGAGUGUAAGAAGGUAGUGGAUUCCAUGGUGACAGCACUAGAAGGUGCAGCCCCACUUGCUGCUUCGUCUUUUGGUGCAAUGCCAUCAAUGGGUGCACGGGGAGAUUCGGUGUCACAGGCACAGGCUUUGCUGCAGAAUCCGGCGAUCUUGCAGUCCAUUGCAAGCAACCCGAUGGUGCAACAGAUGAGUCAGCAGAAUCCCAUGUUGGCACAGGCGUUGCAGAAUCCGGCGUUGCUGGCACAGUCGAUGCAGGCUCUACAGCAGAAUCCGGCGAUGAUGCAGCAAAUGAAUCGAAUGAUGACUGAUCCAAAUGCAAUGGCACAAAUGCAGCAGAUGAUGGCAGGUGGUGGCAUGGGUGAUCUCAGCGGCCUUGGAAGUUCUGCGUUUGGUGGAACAGCACCUUCAUUGGCUGCCAGUAACCCAUUUGCUUCCGGUUCUAGCAGCUCGAAUCCAGUUGAAUCGACGUCUUUCGCACCAACUUCGACUCAAUCUCCGGCACCUAUUGGUUCAAUUCCUGCUGCUGUGUCAUCUUCGACUUCGGCUGCUGCAGCUUCGAGCGACAAUAUGGAUGAAACGUACGAAGAGGACGAGAUCGCCAAGGCAAUCGCGCGUUCGUUGCAAAACCAAUAA